AUGGCACACCGGUCUCCUUCACCAUCCCCUGCCCCUAUCGAUCCCACUGACUUGCUGGCCCCUUCGCUGUGCCUGAACCCAGACGCAAUUGCCGAUCUAGCCCCUGUCCAACCUUCAGAACACAACCUUCUCCCUGCAACCUUCCCCACCCUCUCUUGGUCAGAAAAAUCUUCCCUCCACCACAGCAUCUCAUUGGGCGAGAAGCGUCUCUGCUACCGCCACCGUCCUGAUCUCAGGUCCAAGCGGGCUGCUGACGAGUUCCAGCUCGAAGAGUUACAACAGGACAUCAAGUUGCUCCCUAGCCACGAUCAACAGAUUAUCUCGCACAUCUGGUCCCUCUUCGGCUCUGCCCCAGCAAGCCAUCGCCAGCUUGUCCUCAGCGGCCUCUUGACCCAAUGCUGUGUCCCCCAACUCUCCUUCCUCUCCAACCACCUUCAACCACUCCUCCGCAUCGAUUUCUUGACCAUCCUCCCCCCAGAGAUCUCCCUUCGCAUCCUCUCGUACCUCGACGCCACAUCUCUCUGCCACGCUGCCCAGGUCUGCAAGAGCUGGAGGCGACUCGCGGACGACGAUGUGGUUUGGCACCGGAUGUGCGAGCAGCACAUUGGUCUCAAGUGCACAAAGUGUGGAUGGGGUCUUCCUUUGCUCGAGAAGAAGAAGGUCCGUGCAAAGCGCCAGGAAGAGGGCGCCCAGAUCCAAGAUCGUCCUCUUCAAAUCGACACAUCCUCCUCUUCCCAUCCACCAUCACCUUCCCCCUCAAUCUCGCCAUCUUCUCCCAGCUUCCCUUCCCGCCGUCGCAGUGCCUCCAGCGACAUUGAGACCGACUCGCGCUCUGCCAAGCGUGCCCGCCAUGGCUCUCGCUCCCCCUCUCCUUUCUACGACUUGAGCGACUACCCCGCACCCCUCUUCCAAUCCCCAGUGCCACCAGUCAAGCCUGAGGGCACGACCAAGCGACCAUGGAAGGAGAUCUACUCCGAGCGCCUGAUUGUCGAGCGCAACUGGAGAAAGCGCAAUUACAGGGUCAAGCAGUUCCGUGGACAUACCGAUGGUGUGAUGUGUCUUCAAUUCGACGACUCUUUCCUCAUCACUGGUUCCUACGACAACUCGGUCAAAGUUUGGAACAUUGAGACUGGCGAGUGCCUCCGCACCCUCACCGGACAUGCCCUCUGCGUUCGCGCUCUUCAUUUCGACGAGGCCAAGCUCAUUACCGGCUCGAUGGACCGCACUCUCAAGAUUUGGAACUACCAUACCGGCCAAUGCAUCCGUACCCUUCAAGGUCACACCGAUGGCGUCGUCACCCUUGAUUUCGACUCGCGCAUCCUCGCCUCGGGAUCCGUCGACGCCACCAUCAAGAUCUGGAACUUUGCUACCGGUCAGUGCUCGACCUUGAAGGGCCACAGCGACUUGGUCAACAAGGUCCAGAUUUACAAGAAGGACUUUCUCUUCUCGACCAGCGAUGAUACCACUGUCAAGUUCUGGGACAUUGCCUCCCGCACCUGUCUCCAAACCUUCACCGGUCAUGUGGGUCGCGUCCAAUGCCUGCAGACGUCCGGAGACGCAUUGAUUUCCAUCCUCGCCAACCGUCGCCACGGCAAGUUUGCAGCUUUGGAGCUAGCCUCGCAGGACUCCAACAAUGCCGUCGUCUCGCGUGCUCGCGCCACUUCGCCUGCAUACGAGAGCUCGUCGUCUGACUCGGAGACAAGAACCACCCGCUCCAUUGUCGUCACUGGUGGUUUGGACAACACUCUCAAGAUCUGGGAUGCCGAAACCGGUGCUUGCCUGAACACGCUGUUUGGCCAUGAGGAAGGUGUCUGGUCGCUUGCGUUUGACAAGCUCCGCAUUGUAUCUGGCAGUCUUGACAAGACCAUCAAGGUUUGGGAUACCGAGAGCGGCCAGUGCCUCUAUACCCUCUCGGGUCCUGAAGGGCCAGUAACUUGCGUAGGCCUUGGCGAUACCAAGGUUGUUGGUGGAUCGGCCGACGGGUCCGUCUUCCUCUGGGACUAUGGCGCCCGUAUGUAG